AUGUUUGACGCAAGCAAUUCACACGAAGAGAAUGGACAAGAAUUUCAAAUCUUGCGUUCAGAAAGUACAAUUAAUAUCGAUAAACUUAUUAACGAAAAGAUACAUUAUAUAGCUCAAAACGCGGGCGUUAAAAAUAUCAAAAAAAUUGUGAAAAAUCAAAUUCUUGAAUUGGAUGAACUGGUUUUAAACAGCGGUCUUGAAGUAGCGCAAAUAGCUGAAGUUUUGAAUGUCAUACUCACUGGAAAAUUAGACGAUAUUGACACCAAAAGGUUAAUAAAAGUCCUUUUGCCACGUACAAAAAUAUCUAACUUCCUUGUAAUAAAGGUCUUGGGAAGUCUUGGAAAUAAAAUUUUAAAAUACAAUAUUCAGGCUCUUUUACUUCGUUGGAUUAUUAUUGUUUAUAAUGUAAUUGAAGAUCAUUCGGAAUUGCUAAAGUUUUAUGGUGUAAUAAUUCAUUAUAUGGAAUAUGACACCUUGAGAGUAGAUCUUCAAAACAGAUAUGGGCCUGAACCGCAUCUCCUUGGGUUACUAACACUUUAUAAGGCUUUUUUUCCAAACUUAGUAACAAUUCGCAUUCCACCUUCAAAGGGUGCUUUAUUCAAGUGCUCGGAUGUUGCAUGGUUUCAAUUAUUUAACCAAAUUCAAAGAAAAUGGAAUUGUGAUAAAAGUUUAGAUGAUACCCCUCUAACAAGAUCAUUGUUUCUUAAAUCAACGCCAAAAAGGAGAAAGUUAGACCAUAUCGAGGUUCCAAAAGCGCGUACAUUUAACGCCACUCAAAAUUCAAUAACUUUGGAUGAAAUAAUGAAUGUUAAGUUACUUGCUUCCAACAUUGAUAAAAUUGAUUUACCAAGUCAAUUAGCUUCUGUGUUGGAAAAUCGAAUGUUGCAACAUAUCGUUGUUUGCAACCCUGAAAAGGUUACUAUUGCGAGGAUUAGUUAUUGGCUUGAACAAUGUCUUAUGGAAUUAGUUUAUUGGAAUGAUAAUACAGUCGAAACCAAAGCAUUAUUUAACAGUUUAUUGACAAAAAUCGUUGCAUUAACGGAAUUCAUGAAGCAAAAUACGUUCAAACAUGGGAUGGAAUCGAACAUCAAGAAGCGAUACUUAAAAUUGUCCAAUGAAUUUUUAACACCUUUACAAAAGCUGCAUGAAAAAUUAUCAUCAAAUUGGAAGGCCAAAUUAAUACAUUGUUAUACGAAUCUUUUUACGCAUUGGAUUUUACAUCAAGAAGAUAAUUUCGGUCAUACAAACCAAGAAGGUGAAAUCGAAGAUUUGGAGAAUUCAUUUUUAAAACUUUCAACCGAAGGAGAUCAUUCUAAAGUAAUUCAAGAGUUGAUUAAUCAUAUUAAUCAACUCUCACUUACUUCUCUCGAGAGCACUAAUGAUGAUUUAGAAGUGCAGCAUGCAAUCCUUUCCGCCUUUGAAACCAUAGCGAACCUACAAUUGAAUCAUAAUUGGGAUAUGAUUAUCAUCCCUUCAUCAUCAAUAGUCUAUCGAUCGUUCUUUACUUCGGGAAUGAGCUUGUCUAGAAUCUGUGGAAUUGUUUUACAAUAUAAAGAAGCAUUUGAUAAAUUUGAAAAAGGCUCGCGGCGAAUUAGAACGCGCCAUAACCGUAAUUAUAUAAAUUAUUUUAAUUCGUUUGUCAUGGAUAUGUGCAAUUGUUUGUGGAGAAAUCGUCCUUUUAAUAAAGAAGAUAAAAAUGCGAAAGGAUUUCAGCUAGACGAUGAUAUUAUUCAAAAGCUGCAAGAGAUUUAUAGUGAAAAUUGGGUAUUUAGUUACUCAAUAACUCAUUUGCCAUUUUUGUCUGCAUUAUCUAAGUCUUGUGUCCAGAAUUUGGAAGAUUCGUCUCCAAAUAUUACAAAGAGGCUCGCAUCACCUGUGACUCAAUUUUCAUUGAAAGAGGCGGGUGGGUUGCAAAUGACAUAUACCGAUUAUAGAGUUCAUUUUUUGAAAGAACUUCAUGAACUUGGAUUUAUUGGCAUCCACGAUUUCUUGUGUCAAUCUUUGACAUCUUUAUCUAAACUGAAGAAAGGAUAA